AUGCCGGAACUGGAAAUAAAAAGAAAAGCUGAAGAAUAUGCUGUGGUGCCGGCAAAGAAAACUCGACAUGAAAUAUCUGUUGUUGGCACGAGAGAAAAGGCUGUAGUAACCUCCUCGGUACCCAGAACAUCAAAUCUUUAUGCUCCUAUCAUGCUAUUAGAAGGACAUCAAGGCGAAAUUUUCACAGCAAAGUUUCAUCCUGAGGGCAAACAUUUAGCUUCGGCAGGUUUUGACAGACAGAUAUUGCUAUGGAAUGUGUAUGGACAGUGUGACAAUGUAAUGGUAAUGAAAGGUCACACGGGGGCUAUAAUGGAGUUAUGUUUUUCACCCGACGGUGCACACAUGUACACAUGUGCUACCGACAACACAGUGGCCGUAUGGGAUGUACCCACUGGUGUAAGAAUCAAGAAGUUAAAAGGACAUGCAAAUUUUGUCAAUUCUGUAUCAGGGGCGAGAAGGGGUCCAGAACUUUUGGUUUCGGCAUCAGAUGAUAGCACCAUAAAACUGUGGGAUGCAAGAAAACGUAACCCAAUAGCCUCGUUUGACAGUGAAUACCCCGUUACGGCGGUUUUGUUCAAUGACACGGCGGAGAAAAUCAUAUCUGGGGGAAUAGAUAAUGUUAUCAAAGUAUGGGACAUCCGGAACAAUCAGAUAUCAUACAAAAUUAAAGGACACACAGGACACUGUUUAUCGUUGUCCUACGAUGGAUCCUACUUACUCUCCAACUCGAGUGACUCCACUCUUCGUAUAUGGGAUGUUCGUCCGUUUGCUCCAUCUGAACGUUGUGUGAAACUCUUAUCGGGACCACUCACACAACUUCGAGAAGAACUUGCUGAGAUGUUGCUGGUCUCCGGAUGGCUCCAAGGUGGCGGCUGGGAUCUUUCAGAUCGUUUCUUGUAUGUAUGGGGACACUACAUCAAGACGAGUCCUCUACAAGCUUCCCGGGACACAAUGGUUCCGUCAAUGAUGUACAUUUCCACAGUCGUGAACCGAUAG